AUGGCUAGGCUGCUUCAAGUGAUGGUGGAUAUAAAGCAAAAUCUCAAAGAUCAUGCUGUUCCAGAUCAACAUGUUGACCUAGGUGCUGGGCAGGGUGGAGAUCUUGAUGAGGAAGCAUCCAUUCAGAAGUUUAAUCAGCUAUCAAAGUUUUCUACUUAUCUAAAGGAGAUAAAUGAUAGCGACUGGAAGGCCAAGAGACUUUUGGAAAAGAUGAGGCUUGAAUAUAGACAGCAAUUUGCUCUGCUAGGAGUAACCACAUAUGCUGACAUGUGUAAUCGGCUCCGAAUUACAGCAAGAAGGUGUUGGGAAGUAGAAGCAGAAAAGAGACGAGAUAGUCAUGGGAGGUUCUCGUCCUCCCUAGGUCCUUCGGGUGGAGUCUCUAGGAAGACGGGUUAUGGCUUGAGUAGUUCUGUAGCAUCAGGCAAGAAGAGCUUUGCUUUAAAUAUGCCUGCCCUGACCUUAAGUACAGCUCGACCACCACGGUGUGCUAAGUGUGGGCGGUCACAUCCUGGGAGGUACUGGGCAUGUUUUAAAUGUAGGAAACCUAGUCAUUUAGCAAGACAAUGCCCUGAGGGAAGAGUGGAGAUGGCAGAGCAGAGAUCUACCAUUCCAGGACGAGUCUAUACACUAUCUCAGGAGGAGGCAAGAGCGUUGCCGAAUUUGAUAAAAGUGUCUACGCCAUCUGGGUCAUUUGAUAUGACCAGUAAGGCAUGUUUGAAUGUAGAAGUGAGGUUUGAAAAUCAUUUGACCAUUCUAAAUUUGAUCCGAAUUCCUAUGAAGGGUUUGGAUGUGAUUAUCGGUAUGGAUUGGAUGAUGGCAAAUAAUGCCACCUUGGACUGUGCUAGGAAGAUAGUUUUGUUAUUGGUACAUGCUACACCGGCUAAUAUUCCUAGUGAGUCUAAGCUUUUAUCAGUGGUACAAGCAGAGAGAUUGAUGCAACAAGGGUGUAUGGCUUAUAUGGUUUUCUUCUCGAUGCAUGGGGACUACGAUGGAAGUAUUGAUAAGAUUGGGGUAGUGAAUGAAUUCCUUGAGGUAUUUACGGAUGAUAUGUCUGAUUUGCCUCCAGAAAGGGAAGUGGAAUUCACCAUAGACCUAAUUCCAGGAACUGAACCAAUAUCAAAGGCACCAUACCAGAUGUCACCAAUGGAGUAUGGGUAUUAUGAGUUCCUAGUCAUACUAUUUGGGUUAACAAAUGCGCCUGUGGUUUUCAUGGACUACAUGAACCGCACAUUUAGGCCUUACCUAGAUCAGUUUGUUGUGGUAUUCAUUGACGACAUUUUGAUAUAUUCUGAAAAUGACGAGCAGCAUGCGAAGCAUUUGAUGAUUGUGCUACAAAUUUUGAAGGACAACAAGCUCUAUGCCAAGUUUAACAAGUGUGAGUUCUGGUUACGAGAGGUUUGA